AUGGACAGCACGGGCAAGGAGCGGGAGGCCGUGCAGCUGAUGGCGGAGGCCGAGAAGCGGGUGAAGGGCUCCCACUCCUUCCUGCGGGGGCUCUUCGGGGGCAACACCAGGGUGGAGGAAGCCUGCGAAAUGUACACCAGGGCUGCCAACAUGUUCAAGAUCGCCAAAAACUGGAGCGCCAGUAGCGAGGCCGCAGGAAAUGCGUUUUGUCAGGCGGCCAAGCUGCACAUGCAGCUGCAGAGCAAACACGACUCGGCCACCAGCUUCGUGGACGCCGGGAACGCCUACAAAAAAGCAGACCCGCAAGAGGCCAUCAACUGCUUAAAUGCAGCUAUCGAUAUCUACACCGACAUGGGGCGAUUCACUAUCGCUGCCAAGCACCACAUCACCAUUGCGGAGAUCUACGAGGCCGAGCUGGUAGACAUCGAAAAGGCGAUUGCACACUACGAGCAGGCUGCAGACUACUACAAAGGAGAGGAGUCUAACAGCUCAGCCAACAAGUGUCUGCUGAAGGUGGCUGCCUAUGCCGCGCAGCUGGAGCAGUACCAGAAGGCGAUAGAAAUCUAUGAGCAGGUCGGAACAAACACGAUGGAUAAUCCUUUGCUCAAGUACAGCGCGAAAGAGUAUUUCUUCAAAGCCGCUCUGUGCCACUUCAUCGUGGAUGAGCUGAACGCCAAGCUUGCACUUGAGAAAUACGAAGAAAUGUUCCCUGCGUUCACAGAUUCACGGGAGUGCAAGCUAUUGAAAAAACUGCUGGAAGCCCACGAGGAGCAAAACUGCGAGGCAUACACCGAGGCGGUUAAAGAAUUCGAUUCAAUAUCACGGUUGGAUCAGUGGCUCACAACCAUGUUGCUUCGCAUCAAAAAGUCAAUCCAAGGAGAAGGGGAUGGGGACCUGAAGUGA